AGUAUCCACUUACAUUGGAACACCUGAAAUUUACUGAGAAAAUUAAAGUUCUAUUGCAAAAAUUUAGACUUUGAUGACAUCUUCUCAGGCCAUAUGGAAAAUGCUUAUAUGAAAACGAAAAAAGGGAAGCAAAAGUUUAAUAUUGAGGAUGGUUUCGAAAAUGAGAACUCUUAUGUUCCCUAUAUAAAAGCCAUGAUAGAACGAAUGUCUUCAGAGAACCUAGGCUCCAAGGUUCAACCAAACGCCCAGCUCAGUCGCGCCAGCAGCAUCCUCAGUUCUCCCAAUGGCCCUCCUGCUCUGUUUACUGACAGCCCUGGUGGUGUUCGGCUGUGGCCCUGCUCUAUCUCUGGGCUGUGAUCUGCCUCAAAACCACAGCCUGGCUAGUGAGAAAACCGUUGACCUUCUGGACCAAAUGCAGAGACUCCCCACUUUCUUCUGUCUGAAUGACAGAAAGGACUUCAGAUUCCCCCAGGAGAUGGUGGAUGGCAGCCAGCUCCAGAAGGCCCAGGCCAUCGCUUUCCUCCACGAGAUGCUCCAGCAGAUCUUCGAACUCUUCCAUAGAAAGGACUCCUUUUCUCCUUGGAACACUACCCGCCUGCACCAGCUCCUCAGUGGACUCCUUAAACAGCAGAAAGACUUGGAGACCUGCUUCGUGCAGGCAAUGGAAGAGGAAAAAUCUGUCCUGCCCAUUGAGGCCCCUGAAGCGGCUGUGAAGGAGUACUUUGAGGGAAUCUGUUCCUAUCUGAAAGAGAAGGAAUACAGUGAGUGUGCCUGGGAAGUAGUCAGAGUGGAAAUCAGGAGAUCCUUUUCUUCUUCGACAAAAUUGCAAGAAAGGUUAAGAACAAAGGAUGGUGACGUGAGUUCAUCUUGACUUCACUUACAAUGACUGAUAUGCCCUAUCGCACUUGCAUGCAUAUCUCUGGUCAUUUCAGAAGAUGCUUAUUUCUGCUCUAGUCACAAUUUAUGAGUUUAAAUCCAGCUAUUUCUUUGACAGCAGUAUUAAAAAAGUAUAUGAGAAAAAUAUUCAGCUCCAAGGACAUCAGUCUUUAGGAGAUGACUGUCCUGAC